AUGGGUGAGGCCGCGUCGGUGUCGUCUUCGACGCCACAAGCGGUAAUAGUUAGAGAAGAGCCCAUCAACUACGGACCUCCCGAAGAAGGUAUAUUCAAGCACGUCGCCAAGAUCAUUCCGUACUUUCGCGAUCCUCGCAAUGUUCUUGUGUUCAAGCUGGAUGUCAUGCUGCUAGCGUGGAUGUUCCUGGCAGGCAUCAUGAAAGAAAUGGACCAGUCUGCCACAACGCAAGCCUACGUCUCAGGAAUGAGAGAAUCACUCAACCUCUACGGCAACGAAUUGGUAGAGUUCAACACAUUCUUUUCGAUUGGAUAUGCCCUUGGUUUGGUUCCUGCACCGAAUGCACAAACCAUCUUCGGGCUGCGGUUUUUCCUCGGUCUCUUCUCCUCCGCCUUCUGGCCUAGCGUCGUCGCCCUCAUCUUCAAUUGGUAUACGCCCGCUGAGCUCGCCGUCCGAGUCGCCUGCUUCACCGUCUGCGAUGUUGCUGGUGCCAUGUUCCUGGGUGCGUUGCAAGCUGCCCUCUUCCGCGACAUGAACGGUGUUCACGGUUACGCCGGCUGGCAGUGGCUCUUCAUCAUUGCUGGUACCGUUACGGUCGGCCAGGGCUUGAUAGCAUUCGUUACCGUUCCCGACUCCCCGUCCAACACCCGUGCCAUUUACCUUACCGAGAACGAGAAGCGCCUGGCUCGCGAGCGCAUGGGCAACUCCGGCGUCAACACCUCCAAGCGCAUUUCAGCAUCUGUCCUCCGAAAGAAGCUCCGCAAGCUCAUUGUCCACCCCGUCACCUACUUCUUCCUCUUCUCCUUUGCCUUCAGCGCCUGGGCCCAUCGUGCCAACUCGUACUUUGUGCUCUACCUUGAGAGCAUCAAGGACUCGGCGGGCAACCGGGUUUACGAUACCUACCACGUCAACAUUUUGCCGUUGGGCGGUUACGCCCUGCAGAUUGUGACUAACGUGGGUCUCAACUGGCUCUCCGACUGGAAGCAAUGGCGUUGGCAGAUAAGCAUCUUUUCUGCCGCAGCCCACGGCAUCUGCUUGGCUGUCCUGUGUGGCUGGCCUUCCGACCACAAGGUAAUCCUUGCCUUUUACUUUCUCACAUACGCGACCAAUGCCGGCAGCCCCUCGCUUAUGGCAUGGAUGGCCGAGAUCCUCCGAAAGGAGCCCGAAGCCCGUUCUAUCAUUGUUGCCAUGACCGUAACCACCGUCUAUGUCGGCCACGCCACGAUUCCCCUGGGAGCGUUCCGUGUUGCCGAUGCUCCCCGAUACCCCAUUGGCUUUCCUCUCACGACGUCUUUUACCGUGGCCACGAUCCUGGUUCAGUUUGGCAUGCUGUGGUGGCAUAGACGGCAUCCUGAGAUGGCUGAGUAUGGCUAUGAGCCCGCCAUCAACGUGCAUGAAUCAUCAGACGAGGAGAACCCCAAGCUGGCCAACACCGAGACCGCGGGCAGCGGACCUGACCCCAAGACAACCCAGCUUACAGGCACAAGGGAACUGUAG